GUUGGACCGUUUUUUAGUUUUUUAGUUUUUUAGUUUUUUUUUUCAUUUGGGUCUAACCCCUUGAUAUUUUCCCGUGGUUUUGGUUCUUGGAUGGCUUUAGUUAUCGUCAAUUCUUUUCCUCUAUCACCGUCACGGUUCGAACUUCCAUUUCACCCAACCCGCCUGUUCGGACGAUAGAAUCUCGUGCGCCUACAUCGGCCUACACCUCUCCCGAGCCAAUAUAUCGGUCAAGACUUUGGACCCCUGAAAUAAGCGCAUGAGCCACGGCACGCCAGCGGCAUAUACUACUCUUCCGCCCCGUCCACCUCCGCACCUCUUCGAAGCCCGCCCGACUCGAGUUCAUCUUUGACCCAAGGCACUCCCCAUCUUGGAUACCAAAACACGAUUUUAGGAUUCCCGCCGCCAAUUGCCACCCUAUCCACCUCAGCUACGCACCGUGGAAGCUGUGGAAGCUUGUUGCAUUCCAUUGUCUUGCUUUGGCGUUGAAACUGGUCUCAGCCCCAGACAUCACCCCCAUAUUGUGCACAUUGGCCAGCCGAAGCAGUCAAUACUCUCUCUCUCUCUGUAUUCCUAGAAUAACACGGUGGUAGAGGAGCCGGACAUUCGGUCGCCUGGACUUGAAGAAACACUCCGGCCCCGCCAAACAGGACAUAAGCCGACCGGCCAGACCAACAACGGCUAGAUUCGCCUACCAGGGACUACCAGGGGACACACAGGAGAACGGACACGGGACCUCCAGGGAUACUGUGGCAGCAUUCCAAACUUUUACUACAUACAUCAUGCCCCUUAGACCCAAUCCUGCUCUGCCCCCCUCGCAGCCAGCAAGAGACUUACCGCCUCCCCAACGCCCCAUUGAACGUCCAACACCUCCUCCCAAAGCCCUAGCCCUGCGAGGAUCGCUGGAUAAGAUCAGAUCCGUCAGUUCAGAGCACAACGCCGUCCCCCCCAGAGUCCCAGAAAAGCCGCGCAUAGUGCCCGCUCCACCGCCUCGCCCAUCCUCGACCAUCAUCCUCCCAGCCCCCUCCACCUUGGCCCCCUUGCAAGAGUACCACAGCGGGUUUUCUGAGCAAGACGCUGAGUCGGGCUCGGGUCUAAACAAACAUCGCCGCGGGUCAUCGUUCCCGAACCUGAUCGCCCUCACCUUUGGCACCGAAAACCAGCCCGCCUCCUCCUCCUCGGAGCAAACCGACAGUUCCCAAGGAGCGUUUGCCGACUGGCUGAACAGCUCGGGCGCGGCAGCAGCAGAAGCAUUGGGAAUGGCUCCCACCUUAACAGCCCGCAGCAGCAAAGCGAGCAAGGCGGCGGACAAUCAGUCCCUGACCGGCUCCGUUCGCGACGGUGACACCUCCUUGGACAAGACGCCCACAAGGUCGCGUAGACGCGGGACCAACGCCAGCCAGUUUAGCAACCGCAGCAGCAUGCAUGAACCAUCCACGCCCAAGGGUAACGUCACCUCCCGGCUCAUAUCGGCCAUCUCGUCCAAGUUCACGCCGGGCCCGGCGGCGUCCUCUGGCCCUGCCGUUGACGACGACGAGAUCUUGAACCUUGACAUCGAGGCCGCCCUGUUCCCUCCCAAUGGGGCUGCGCCCAACAGCGACAUCUCCCCGACCGCGUACAAGGACCUGCAGGCCAACGCCAUCGGCCUCUUCACCAAGAUGCAAGCCGCCUUCCGCGAGCGCGUAAUCACCAUCCGCGACCUGGAAGCCGAGAAGUCUGCCCAGCGCGACGAGAUUGAGGCGGCCGAGACGCGCGCCCAGCACCUGAAGAUGCAGCUCGAGGGUAUGGCGCGCAAGGCUUCCGAGCACGAGCAGGCCAUCCAGAAGCUGAUGGACGAGCUCGCCUUUGAGCGCAGCAAGUUCCGUCCCGUCCCACAGCGCACGUCGACCAUCAUGUCCGAGUGCAGCGUUGUGUCGGAGGACCUCGGCGUCGACGCCGACUACAACGCCCGGCGCAAGUGGCGCGAGAGCGCCAGCACCAUCAAGACGGACUACUCGUACUCGACUGACACCGACAGCGUCGCCGAGAGUGAGAGCGUGUUCUCGGCGCGGUGCCGCAGCCCCAUCGUUCCUGGUGGCGGCUUUGAUGGUACCAUGAGCAUCGUCAACAGCCCCGCUCCCUCAGUAACGACGUUGCAACGGAACGUGAGCGUCACCAACAAGAGGAGGUCCAUGGGCCCUCCUCCCCCCGUCCCGACCACCCCCAAGCCCAAGAUCAUGGGCACCCAGAUGAGCGCGUUCCAGAAGAUCAUCAGGGGCAUCGCGCCCGGCUCGGACGAGAACGGGUGCGUGAACUGCAGGGGCCAGGACGCCAGCAUGGCCUGGGACACGGUCGGCUUGCUGCGUGACGAGAACAGGCACUUGAAGGAGCGCGUGGGUGAGUUGGAGAUGGCGGUCGAGGGAUGCUUGGACUUGGUUAACGGCAUUGGCCUGUAAAAGCUGCUGUCAUUCCAAUCCAGCUGAUGCGGCGUUUAAGGGUUUUUAUGACUUGGCUUUCGUUUUGCCUUUUGUCUCUUCUUUUCUUUUCUUUUUUUGAUUAAUGGCCGUGGAUGAUGACAACAACAACAACAACAACAACAACAACAAAGAUUUAGCAUGACCUAGACCGCCGCGGGCUAGACUCUGGAUUUUGUUUCUUUUUUGCAUUGUGUGUCUGUGGGUUCCGUUGAAACAGAUACCAUUUUUGUUUGAUACUAAGAUGAUAUAUAUACCAGAAUGGGGGGUUGGCUUAUGUAGGUAGUAUGGGAGGGUUUUAAAGGGAGAAGAGACCGAAAGGGCUUUUAUGAUGUCGGGAUGAAGUGGACCAUGAGGUGACCGAUCACAGUCAACACAGAGCCUGUAAAAAGACAGAUAAUGUAUAUAAAAGCCGGGGUCCCUUUUUUUGAUUUCACUGCUUUGUGUCUAUAAGUCAAGAAUAUGUCCAUAAGAAACCCCCGCCGGCGCGUG